UUCGCGCGGGCGAGUCGCGGCGAACAUCGCUCCCUUCGUCGUCGCAUUAUGCUGCGAGACGUGAUCGCGAUAACUGUUACAAACACGAUCCUUGCAAUUUGCAAAAGUUGUCGUUCUUCACACGGCGAUCCGUGAUGGGCGGAUGCCGUCGGAAAUUUCUCGAAUAUUCGUACAGGCGCACGCCGCGAUCGUAGCAUGUCCGAUGUUCUCUAAUGAAUACAACAUUUUUGUAAGACGUUAAUAUCUACUUUCAAUGCCGAAACACGAUGGUCAAUACAUAUACGACGUAGAGAUCAACCUCGCGAUGUAACUACGCCAUACGCCACGCGUCCUUCCAAAUUAACCUCAAUUCGACGUAAUUCUAAUUAGCACUGGGUAUCUAUGGCACAUUUAUCUAUAGCGCCGUUUUACUGUUAACACGAAUAGUACGUCAUAUACGUACAUCUGAUGAAAUCGUCAAAUUCAGAGACAACGAGACAGUUACUGUAACAUAAUAUAAAAAGUGUUACUCACCGAUACGACGCACAGCAAUGGAAUAACCGUAGACUCGUGAUUUGUGACUGUACGUUGAUUUGUGACGUCCACAUCGAAUUGUCCGUCUCAAAAUAGAAGGAACAUCUGCUUUUAAACUUUCCCCGAGCGUGUGUGCACCGUGUGCAGUGCAGAAAUAACGGGCCUCCUCGUAAUCUUAACUUCUCGCACCUUCUUUCCGCAGACGGAUUGAGAGGACGUGGUACCCGAUGUCUCGAAGCUUGCGUUCACCUCGAGUGUAAUUCGUCCCUCACUUCACAUCGUCGCGAGCGUGAGGUGGCACGCAAAUCGUCGCAGACGAACGUCGAACGGCUCGGGAAGAGGGUCGCGCGGCCGUUACGAUGGUACGUCGUUCACUAGCAAUUAGCGCGAAACGCGAGACAUGAAGGGCACGUACAUAAGCAUAACGCAAUCACUUCGACAUCAGUACCUGCCAUCCGUUACUCGCGAUUCCGCACCGCACCGCGACGUGCCGGUAGGCGUCCAUUUACGGUAGGACAACGCCGUGUUCACGCGACGACGAGCAAAGGUUAGAAACUCAGAUCCGUCGGCACGGACAACGCGCAAUACUUUCGUCUUCUCGUUGUUGUUUAUGCUUAAAUGAUGCGACCGCGGCAAGCAUCGCGUCGAGUCGAGCGAGUAACAAUCGUCAUCACGCAUCGCGUCCAUUACGUAUGUAUGUACAAUCGCGUCCGUGAGAGUGUGAAGUUGCUCGCGAAUCGCAGUCGCAGUCGCGUCAAACGACUCCGAGAGAGGGCCCCGAGACCAUUAUGGUGGAGCGUCGUCCACUAGCUAGCAAUUAGCGCGAAACGCGAGGUUCGAAGAUCACGUACGUAUACAUAACGCAAUCACUUCGGCAUCAAUACCUGUCGUCCGUUACUCACGACGUGUCGGUAGGUGUUUGUUUACGGUAGGACAACGCCGCGCGCACGGUGGUAGGGCAGCGACGGGCGACGGACAAAGGGUUAAGACCCGUGUCCGUCGGCACGGACACAACACGGAACGUUCUCGACGUCUCGUUGUUAUGCAGGCUUGGAAGGUAUACAAGCGCGAUAAGCAGCACGUCGAGCCAAGCGCGAUUGCUUCUCGCCAGUGACGAUCGUCAGUCUGCAUCGCCGUUUGUUACGGGUUACGGGCAAUCGCGUCCGUGAGAGAUCGUGAAGUUGCCGCGAAUCGGUAGUUGUCGUAGUCGCGUCGAACGAUUCCGAGAGAGGGCAGAGGGUCCCGCGACCAGCGACCAUUACGGUGGUGCGUCGUCCACUAGCAAUUAGCGCGAAACGCCAGAUACAAAGGACGCGUGCAUCUCGUAACGUAAUAAGUCUUUCACAACGAUAUGCUGUACCUGUCGCCCAUUGCUUGCGACGUAGUUCGUUUACGGUAGGACGACGUCGUGCUGUUGUUCACUCGGCGACGGGCGAAGGACACUCGGAUCCGUUGGCGCGAACAACACGGAACGCUUUCGACGCCUCGCUAUUAAUUGUGCGUGCUUGGAAGAUGUUCUACCGCUGUAGCACAUCGAGCGAGUAACGAUUGUCAGCUCGCAUCGCCGUUCGUGCAAUCGCGUCUGUAAGAAAUCGAAAUGUAGUUGAUCUUGAACUUGAGGAGCACCGUGCGAAUGUCGCCGUCGUUCGCGUGGCGGAGGUUAGGUUCGAGACUCGGGUCUGGCGGACAACGCGGAACGCUUUUGACUCCUCGCUGUUGUGCAUGCUUAGAAGAAGCGACCGCGGCGAGCAUCGCGUCGAGCUGAGCGAGGAACGAUUGUCAGCCUGCAUCACAAUCGCGUCUGUGAGAAAUCGAAGUUGAUCUUAAUUAACUUUGGAAGAGCCGAGUGCGAGUGUCGUUUUUCGAAUGUUUUCCGUCAUAUUUUUAUCGCGUUUGUUAAUCAGUUCGCGCGCGAUCGUAAUUAAGCGUGCCCUCGCGAGUGCUGUGAUGUGUGUGAUUGUGCAGUCGAGGAACCUCUCGGAGGAGAAGCGUGUGGUGCCCCGCGGAUUGGCAUCGGGCGACGGCGGAGCAACCUCAGGGUCAACGUAUAGCUACAACUCCGCUGCUGCGCAUCGUAUCGGACGGAAUAUUCGGAGAACGGGCGCACCGAUCGAAAAACAGCGGUCGGUGGGAAGCAGCAGCAGCAGCAGCAGCAGCAGCAGCAGCAGCAGCAGCAGCAGCAGCAGCAGCAGCAACGGAUUGCGGGAGUCACCGGCGGCGGAACGCCGUUGGCGAUGUAGCCAGGGGACCUUUAGUGCCAGACGAAUCAAAAUCAGACCUCGUAAGAUCAGCUUUAAAUGCGAAGGAGCAUAUCUGAAAUAGAUUGUGGACCUGAUUCAUUCUACCGGACGUGUAUGUUAUUUUCUCUUAUCUUUUUGUUUCUUCUUAUCAAUUUUGGAAUUUGAUAAAAUAUCAUAGACGCGCGCGCGGUCCAACGGAGCAAGACACAGAGCAAGAAUCGUUCCGCGUUAAGUUUCGACCGGGGCUUCUCCAGCGGCAAGCUCCGGCAGUCCGUAGACAGCUGCCGCGUGGAGUCCCCGGAGGGAUUCGCGGCGGCGGCUGACGAAAACGAGCUCGGACAGCCGCCCUUACAGCCAUCAUCAUCGUCGGCCUCUUUUUCUUCGUCUAUCCACUGCUCCGCUUACUCUCUUUUUCUCUCUCUCUCGCCUCUCUCUUUCUACCUCCGGCCCUCCCUUACGGCUCGCGAAACCGUUCCUCGCUAUUCCCGCCUCUUCGCUCAGCGACAGUCCCGCGUAGUUAUUACGUGACCAUAAAGAGCAGUCGCUUUUCCGAGGACGAUAUCGUAUUGCGCUUGUCGCAUCAAAUUCCGAGAUCGCACUUGAUUCCGGAAGUAACGCGGAGGGAGGGGGAGAGAGAAAGAGAUGGAAAGAGAAAAUCCGGGAAAUGUCGGAUGGCGAGACUGAAAGUCGCCGAUAAAACGAAGGAGAGAAGCUGAGUAACGGCGAACGGAAGUUGAUAUUUCAUUUAGGCGGAUUUAAAGAGUUACAAAGCAUAGUGAUAUAAGUCAGUUUUUCCUCAUUCUGACAUUUAAGCGUUUAUCAGAAAGGGAAGGGAAAAAAGCCAUUGUAAGUACAAUGCAAUAUUGUACCAGUCUUGUCUCCUACGAAAACUGACUCGUGUCACUUUGCCACUCAAUCUUUCAUCUUUAAGUAAGUAGAUGGUCUACUAGGAUAUUAUACUAUAGUUCAAUUUAUUUUAGUUAUAUCCUUAGAAAAAUCAUAAACUUUAAAACUCUAACAAUGGAAGGGUAAUAAAUUGAACUCUAUUAUCAAUUUAAAAGUAUAAAAUGUUUGAGAAAACUAUACUGUGGCCGCAUCCUUUCUAUUCACUUAAAGGUUAACAGUGAGAAAAAUGCGAUGAUUGUUCGAAAGAAAAAUUUCAAUGAUAAUUCAACUUUUAUUGAGUAAAAACAUUAUUAAGUUGAGAAAAAAAAUGGACGUGAAAAUUGAUCGAAAAGAGUUAUCAUUUAAUAGUAAUGCAAUAUUAAUGAGACAAUAUGUAAUAUAUGUAUGAAGUUUAUAAUCUUUAAAACAUAAUGUUUCAAUUAAUAAUUGAAAUAGAUCGUAAUUCUGUACAAUGAGGACUAUCUGUAUACCACAUUUAUUUCCACAUGAUUUCCAUAUAAUAUGCCAUAUUAAUUUGAAUAAUAAUAAAACAAUUAAUUUCGAUACACGAAUAAAGAGAUAAUAAUUUCAAGCAAAGUUUAAUAAAGUUAUUUCAAGUACGUAUCGUGUGCCACUUGCACUCGGUGUACAUUAUGGACGAAAAAUAGUAUUCACAAGAUCAGAUGCAGCUGUUACAGUUUACAUAGUAGCUUUGAUGGCGCGCAUCUAGAAUAGACGGUCACCUGAACGUGCCGUAAAUUCUAAUCCUAUUAGGGGCAAAGUCUAGCUCGAACCUAAAACGGAAUUAUCAGCUACCCGGGUCUAAUGCCGUAAUUGCCAUAUAUAUCCCUGGAUUAUAAUGUGAUCGCUGACAAGUUUCCGCCAUGACAAUUUAAGCGCAUAACUCUCAACAGAUAUCGUGCGCUCUUACAGCUAACAAUGCAGGCUUUAAACGGAGAUAGAAUUGUAUCAGUGGGUAAUUAUGGUCGUCGUUCGAGACCCUCCUAAGCUUUGAGAUCUUUCUUCUUACAAUCAAAAAUGAUGUACAACGAUACACUGAACGUUGCCAACUUCUACUCGUCGCAACGUCUGUAAAAACUAAUUUAAACUCUUUGCCAAGUUACAAAAGUAAUCUGUUUGACUUUGGUGUACAUUAUUUAUAGCGUUCCAUCGAAUGUAUAUUUUUUUAUAACUUUCAAUAUUGCGUUUGCACGAUCUCCGAAAUUGCAAAGAGAAUAAUUGGAUCAAGAUAUACCUUUAUUCUCACAAAAUGAAACAUAGUUACUAACAGGGCUAUACAAAAGAGGGAUGCACCCGAUCAGAAUCCUCAAUUAUGGGAUCCCGAAACUUUGGUUAUCUUUUACUGUUUUCAUCCAAAUUAAUUUUGUGUUCAAAUUACAUUUAUAAUUUAUGAAGUAAUAAUUUAAAUGUAAAUUUAAUCCAAUUUUCAUUGCCAUUAAUUUGCUAUAAUAAAAUAAUAUAUAUAAUUUGACAAUCUAAUUGCCUGAUAAUCUAACGAGCAAUUAUUAAUUGGAGAUAUUGACGUUAUUCGAAUUCUUGUACAGGGAAUAAUGAAGAAAUAGAAAGCAACGAUAAAUAAUUUUAUCACUUUUCAGUUUUAAAUUAUUUCAUUGUAAAGGACGUAUAAUACACUUGCGAGAGAAUAUUAUAGUUGCACUCUCCUUAGUUAGGGCCUACAAAAUUCUUUGAUCGGCCCUAGUUAUUAGAUACAAUUCUUCCUAUUAUUAUAUCAUCGUUUUUAAAUUGAACAUCCCGGUAGUCGCUGUACUCUUGGUAUAUAUCCUAAUAUAUUAAUGCGUACGUUGAUCGCAUCGCGAAUUAUUUAUGGAAAAUAGAACGGGGAACAAAUCGCACCAAUUUUCUACUCAGAGCUUUAUUACGUCACGUACUAGUUCGCAUACGGUACUUAAUAGUUAAUUUUAAAAUAAUUCGAUGAUGGCCGAAAGUUAUUUUUAACAUAAUUUUCUUCGACUCGCAUGUGACAGUCGAAUGCGACACGUCGAGUCUCGCGAUUGCGCACGGUGAAAUACCGCAACGUAUAUAUUUAUUGUAACGCUGUAACAAAUAAAUCUGUUAUAAAGGGCUUUUUUAAACUGCGAAAAGUACAUAAAAAUAAAAAUAAAAACAAAAAGAAAACUAACAAUACCUCGUAGAUACAAUAAAAAAUAUCAAAAUAUCAGAGAGAGAGAGAGAGAGAGAGAGAGAGAGAAGUAAAGUGAAAAGCAUAAAAGAAAUCUAUCGAUAUCACAUUUGUCUUCAUUAGUUUACGUGACGACAUAAAUGCGUUUUAUAGCACUCAUUACGUUCAUCCGCUCUACCCUAGCAGGCCACUUAAAUGUGACGUGAUAAUUCCGAUCGACUUUGAAACAGCGAUCGAAUUUAAACCUCUGGCGCAUUAAUAAUUUCUCAGCACGAUUAUCGUAAGGCGUUAGUUACAUGUAAAAUGUAACUAACCGUGUGUGCACGCGUGUUGUUGAGCUAAAAUGAGCGAGGCGCAUUUAAUAAUUAAGCUAUUUAAUUUAGCUCUCCAUGAUUUAUGUGAAAUAAUUUGUUGUUAUCCGGAUAAACGCUCUCGUUUCUUCCUAAAACAGAUUUUCCCUGUAAAAUUCGAAUACAUUUUUCAAUACGUCUUCGUGCUCCCUAUGUCAGACACAUUGAAUUACGUUGCUCAUUGCAAAAACUUUACCGAUAUACAAUUCUGCGCGGAUGAGAUUUAAGUACGUGUAUUACUUCAAAGGCCGGACGUCCGAAAUGCGUUAGUUACAGAUAAAACAGUGCUCUUGCUUGUAUAGUCAUACUACUAUUAUUCAAUUGUUUCAAUCUCUUCGUUAUCUGUCACGCUGAUAAAAUGAAUAAUUUAAUAAAUAGCGCUCGUGUUUCAUUCAUUUGUUGGGAGUAAUCGCGAGACCGAUUCGAGUGAUUUAGUGUACCUAGCGUGAAAGCAGAAAUAUGUAUGUACAAAUGCAUAACACUACAUUGGAAAACCAUUAUCUUAUCGCAUAAUUAAGAACGGACACUUAGGGAAGAUACUUAUAAGAUAUCUUUUUGUCAAAAAGUUGUGACUGAACAAUUAUAGCAAAAAAUGGAAAAAAUAAUUAACAAUUACUCUCGCAAAAACAUCAAUCUAUAUUAUUUGUCGAUAAAUCGUAAGAAUGUAUGUGUCAUUUCAAAAUAUAACAAUUUCAUGGAAUAUUCUAGUAUUACGUUUGAGUAUCAGUGUAA